GACGACGGAAGUCACCUCGCAAGAUCUGGUGAACGGCCUCGAUGGACCCAGGUACAUUUGCGAGACCGAGGUCAUGGAAGAGGUAAACGUAGCCACCGCGACUUCGGCGGAGUACACGCCUCCAGGGAAUCAUACCAAUAAAAACUCCAACGGGAACAUCAUCACGCUCACCCUGAAGAACAACCAUCUUAUCGUAGAAACCGAAGAACGAGCAGUGACGAUGGAGGAUAAUAAAAAUCGUAGGUACCAAGACAACGGGUGCUCGUUCGUGGUAGAGGUGCAACCUAGCUAUCAGAGCAACGAGGCCGAGGCCAAUAAAGGAGGAUCCUCCGACGACGUAACUGCCGCCGUGACCGAUCAACAAGCUCUCGUUCACAGAGAAGAGAUUCCGGAGGAUCGAUCGCCAGGUUUCGAGAAAGCGAAGCUAUUCGGCAGCACGAACACUGGUCUAUCCCAAUCGGAUCUCUCGAUCUCUAGCCAAGGCUCGGUUAAUCCCAGCUAUCGUUAUGGAAAUCAAGUGGAGUACGAUGCGGGCCAUCUGGGUUAUCCGAUGUACGGUGGUAGUUACGACUCCGAUACCUUGUCCCGGAAACUCGAGGGAGGAUCCAAAUGGGUAGAAUUCGACAAGUCUCCGGAUACCGAGAAGACGUUGCUGAACGUGUCCAAUACGUCGAGCAUCGAGAAGGACACCGAGGAAAGCCCGUCCAUGCAAGCGAAACAGAACAACCUGGACGUUUCGCAGGGGUCCGGAGGAUCGAUGGACCAGCAGGAUUCGACGGAUGCCAGUAUAUCGACGGACACGGUGCGCUCGAACCCCAAUCUCCAGGUGAACGGCGCCACUCCGAACAAGCUGGAAAUCAUGGAACAGAAGGCGCUGAGCAACGAUUUCGGCAAAACGGAAACGAACAAGCCGAUGAUCACCGGGGCGUUGUUGAAAGACGACGUUCAAGAGGACACUUUUCAAGAACAGCAACGGAAACUGGGCAACGGGACCCUAACCCCGGAACACAAAGAAGACAGGCCAAAGGACCAGAAACCGGAAGGCAGCACCUUUGUGCCGAGUCACAAGCGUUCCGGUAGCAUUCCACCGCGAUUGAUCGAGGAGACCCUCGAGCUGGAUCGAAAGAAGUCGUUGGAUAUCUACAGUCAAAUUAAAACCAGCACUAAAAGCAUCCUCCCGGGAUUGAGCACAAAGUUCGAGCUGCUUCAGAACGAAGUGAGUCCCAUCGAGGAGAAGGAGAGUUAAUGGGGACGACUCGUUUAUCCUUCGUGAUUCGUCUCGGGUCAGAUUGCGACGUCGAACGAUCGUAUUCGGCGGGCAGAGACGUUUUUGCGUGGAUUUCGGAUAGACACGGUCCACUGUCGCGGUGAUUUUGCUACGAAAACUCGAAAGUUCAAAGAUGGAACGUCCCUCCUUCGAAUAUUCAUUCGGGAGCCAAAUCAAAACAAAAACGACCACCGGUUUUCAUGUUCGCCACUAACGGUUUUUAUUUCACCAGAAACUCCAAACUCAUUGUAGAUAUCUCAUCGACGCUAACGACCGACUCCAUCUUCCUGAAGCGUUCCCUGAAACUCCCGGAAAUUUCAAAGCUUUCCCAGGAACUUUGGCGAUACCAGAAACACAGUUCCAUCCUGCGUUAAUCAUAGCGGUCUCGCUCGAAGAACUCGGAACAGGACUGCCGACGAAAAAGAGAUCGUUCGAGUUUACGCGCGAUAAAAUCAUCGAGGGAGAAAAUCACGGCGGAUCGAUGCGAGUGGCAGAAGCUUCUAUCGACCAAAGAUAAUGCUCGUAUUCGGAGGAAAUCGUGUUACAUAGUUGGCUACCGACGAAGGACGCAUAAUGCACGGAAUUGACUAUGUAUCCUAAUGAUUUACCAUACUCUCGACCCUUAAGAUCCCUUGCUUGCCUCUUCCUUCUCCUACGCGAGUCUCCUUCGGUAUCCGUUCUUCCCGGUCCUUCUCGUUCCACCGCUAAAUUUGCCGGAGCGAGGAUCUACGAAUUACGAACCGCGCAGAACAAUCGCCGGCUAACGAACUCGACGCGGUGCCGCUAUGCGUCGAGCAACCGUAACCGCACCAACAGAACACCGCAAUUGUUUGUGACGAGCACUCGAAUCGAGCGUUGCCUGGAAUUAUUUGUCGAGAGGGCCUGUGAUCGUGGACGCGUUCAAAAUUCAAGGAAUUAAUAGCCGAACAAUGGGAGAAAAUCCCUUCGGAAUACGACCGAACUGUAUUUUGCUCGAACACGUUGAAUUAACCGUACCGAUACGAUUUUUCUAUUCUUACGCCGUUCCUCCUGAGAAACUCGAAAACAUUUUUGAAAAGCCGUCCAGAUCGUAAAACACACGAGUACGCAUUUGGAGACUAAACUGGCAAAGUUUGUUCCGCAGAGAGAGAAAUAUAGAACGCGCAUUGUUUUCCUUCUUCCCACUUUUCCGCCGUCUCCUUCCCCGAUCGCGCUGGGUUUUCUCCUCGCCGGGAGUUACGCGAAGGAAAAUUCGCCGCGUCCACGUAGCUUUCGAGGCUGAUAUCGUUCGCGUUUCGCAGAACGUUUUGCGAGUAACACGCGUUUAAAGGGACCGAUCGACAGAGUCUUCGAGCGGAUUCGUAAUCUUUUAUAAGCGUGCGCGUACGUUGAAAGGAGCCGUGUCGCGACACGAGUAUACGUACGUCGAAUUUUGUAAAUGGUUCUAGGAAUCGUAGCAACAGGUUCCAUACGACUAAUGGCAGUUUUACUAAACGACGAACCAGAUUUACUAAGAAUUUUCUAUUGUCCGAACACGUAGGUACGAGAUAGAUAAUUAAGCGUCAUAAUUGGAACGCUAUUAAGUGUCCAGAUCGGUAGAACGUAAGAUUUCGAGCGCGAAUCAUCGAAUUCGCGCGACACCCAACGGCAUUUUGUCGACGAUUUCGCCAGACAGAUCCGUGAAACAUCGACAGAACGCUUUUGGCCUCUUUCGGCUCGAUCCAAGAUUUCGAGAUCAAUCGGAACCACCAAACGAUUCUAGGUAUUUACGGUAUCGAGUAAAGGAUACGUUAAGCACGAGGUUCGCGACUCGAAGAAGUCGAACAACAGAGGCUUAAAGUUUAACGUUAACGUGGAUUCUAGUGCCAAAAUAGUUCCUUAAGGUUUCUCGAGAGCAACUCGACGAACGUAUUGCCGAACAACUAUUACUCGACGAUCUUACACGUAUUACGUGUACGUUUCGUGCCAGAUGCUGCGUUAUCAAUAUUUCAGAUUUUAUACGCUUCCGUUGAAUAGUGCGAACGUUUGUUGUUGAUAUGGUGCUAUCGCGUAUGAAUCCGCGAGACGAGGAGCUGUUUUUAGCUUCCACGUUCUCGUUUCUUCGUUCGUCGCGCCUCAUUUGGCUCUCACGCGCCAACAAAUUCACUGAGAAUCAACGUCCUCCCGAUUGUACUUUAGAGACGAGUCUUUGGGUUGUUGCGGGCAAUGCUGUAUCAUCUUUCCGACCGAAAACCUUCGUGAAACUUCAUGAAAAAUUCCUCUUAUCAAGUCUUAUAACUGGGAACAACACGACAGACUUUUUACGCAUCACGAUAGUCGAGGUUCAAAAUCAUCCAUUUUAAUAGCUGUUCGUUAGAACGGUGUCGCUCGUAAGCAACCGAGACUCUUAAAAGUACCGAGAUACAAUUCCGCAUUUCGUGUACAGCUAUUGUCGAUCCGACUACAGCGAUCACACGUACACACACACACACACACUCAUCGAAAAAUAUUCACCGUCUAUGUAAGAUAGAUUAUAGCGCAUCUAGAGACUAAGUACAUCCUGUACGUAAGAAUCUUUUAGCCGUAAUCUCGAUCCCUUAAAAAAACGAGAAAAGAAAAGAACAGACUCGAUUCAUUUACCGACUCGCGCGUAUCUCUCCUCGACGCUCGAGUAUCUCCUCCCGCUUUUACAUUGCUAACGAGUAAAAUCUAGUUUUCAGGUUUAGCGAUUCUCGUGUGGCUGUUACUAGGUGGUAUUAGAGGUCUAACUGUGGACAGGUAUAAAUUUUCUAUACGACCUGAACGUCUCGCGUAUUUCUAGAAAUAUUCUGAGAAAAGUAGCUGGUCGGGUAGCUGUCGAUCGAUCGACGACUAUUUAGGUCGUCUUCGAGUCGAUCUCGAGCACCCUGGAACACACGGCUCGCGUAACGUGUAACGCGUUACGAGUAGCACCCUUUUCGUCGCGGAGAUGCUCGAGAUCGGCGCGAGGCCGAGUCACGCUUUGUAAGGGAAAAAAAGCAUUCAACUUUCUUUCACGUAAACGCUCUGAUAUUCUAUCGCAUCGCGCAUCGCCAACUCGUAAGGACACUUUAGAGAUAAUUACUCGUAGAGACUCGUCGAAGUAAGACUCGAUUAACGAUUAAGCGAGACGCGGAUCUCCGUGAUCCCGGUACACAACCGUUCCAUAUGAUCAAUUAAAAAGAAAUCGAAUCGUAGUAAUUUAAGCGAACGACGGACAGAGAGCAGCGUCGGUUAAACUUGGGCUUGAACGAUAUCGCGCUUUCGAUCACGGAUUACGUUUUCACUCGUUCGGCUAAGUUUCUGCACGGCCCUCCCUUCAGUUUGUCCUCUCGCUCUCUCCUGUCACCAGGCGGGAGAUCGGAGCGGGUCGAAACGAAUCAAAGUCCGAAAGUAUCUUUGUCCAUCGUGCUGCAUAGUUGUACGCUGGAGUCGACACGUGCAAGUCGUUCUAGAACGAACGUGUAGACAUUCAUUUUCGCUAAAGUACCAUGUUGUAUAUGUCAAUUUAUUUUGCAAAAUAAACCAUUGGACACGAUCUCUGAGUCGUCUCGAGUUUACGUAAUUAAUCUCGAUUACCCGCUUUCGUCGUCGAACCGGAAUACUCUCUCGAUUAUUCGUUGGCGGUACGGUUAGCUACGGAAGAUAAGGUCGCGUCGGUAAAGCGAUUCGAUAACGUCGCAGAGGGUGCACACCCCCGAUAGCGCGAGACCAUCGAUCGAACCGGUAGAUUCGCGUCAACGGGGUUGAACCGCGACAUUCACCCUCGAUAUCGCACGCCAUCUGGAAACGAGGAGCAGAGGAUCGAUGACGUACGACUCGACUGAUAAAACGUCGCAGGGGGUGAAACACGGAGGGAUCGAAACUGGCGACGCCAACGGCGAAUCCGGAGACACGCGAAAUAUCACCGAAUUAUACAUGCGCGUUUUUAAUUCGGUAAUCAAUAGUAAAAACCGCUAAUACGUCCCCAC